CGCGCAGACGGUAAAAAAAAAUCCCGGGAACGAGAUAAAAUAAUAAUAUUUGAUGAAGAUCUAAGUAACGAGAAGCUGCCGGAGUGCAGUUGUAACACCUGAUGUUAGAUGAAUCAACUCAGACCGGAGAUCUCACUGAAUUAAGCCUAACCUUACCUGUGAGGAUGUCCAUUUCAAUUAUAAUAAAAUGGAGUGGACAAGAAUACCCUGUAACAAAAUUGACAGAAGAGGACACAGUGCUGGACUUGAAGGAAACCAUCAAAACUCUAACUGGGGUGCUGCCGGAGCGCCAGAAGUUACUUGGCCUGAAAAUCAAAGGUAAAGCUGCAGAAGAUGACGUUAAGCUGGGCGUACUUAAACUGAAACCAAAUACUAAGAUUAUGAUGAUGGGCAGUAGGGAAGAAUGCCUGGAGGAAGUACUGGCACCACCCCCCGACAAUGAUGAUGUCAUCAAUGACUUUGAUAUUGAGGAAGACGUUAUAGAAGUAGAAAACAGGGAAGAGAACUUGGCCAAAAUUGCACGCAGAGUAAAAGACUAUAAAGUUGAAGUCCUAAAUCAACCUCGGGAAGGGAAAAAGCUGCUAGUUUUAGAUGUGGACUACACGUUGUUUGAUCACAGAUCCUGUGCUGAGAGCGGACUUGAGCUAAUGAGGCCGUACCUUCAUGAGUUCCUCACCUCUGCGUACGAAGAUUAUGACAUUGUUAUAUGGUCUGCAACCAGCAUGAAGUGGAUUGAAGUGAAAAUGAAAGUAAGUUCUGGCUCAGUUUGUUCCUCUUCUCAGUAUGGUUAA